ACAAAAAUAUUUUUACUACGGUCGUUGACGAGCUUAAUAAUCAGCGUAAAAAUGACACAGGAAUACCAGUGAAAGCGUUGAAUGAGACUGUGACUCGAUUCACUGAAUUAAAGGACACUGCGACUGAUUUUGGAAAAAUCGCCGAUCUCACAUCAAAUUUCGUCAAUUACACCGAAACAUACCUCCAAAAAUCGGAAAACGAGCUGAAAUCCUUCUUCCGCGAAAUUUUCCACACCGAUGACGAGAUAGCCGGAUACCGACUGGAAACAGACUUUAUGCUUCUUCAAGAAAAGACGAAAAAUAACGCGCUUGAGCUUUGGAUCGAAAUGCUUAAAUUCAAAACGGAACGAGAAGAACUCGCGGACGAGGAGGGAAUUUUGGACAAACAGAAAGACCUGGCUUCUGGAAACUUCGAUCUUCUCAAAAAUCUGGCGCUCGGGGACAGCCAAACUGAAGAAGACGCUGAAUCCUCCUCCUCUCCUCUUCCUAAGCAGCCGAAACCGCCACACCCGACCGUGAAGAAACUCUUGCCAAAAUUGAAAAAUGAGAAGAAAACAAGAACAAGCGUGAAUAUGACCGAAGCGCUGGAAAAUCUGAACUGCACAAGUGAAGACAUAGAUGAGUGCUUGGAGAACAUCUCUUGUCCAAGCAUUUUCGGAACUUAUGUGAACGCGAUUUUCUUUGCUUCUCAAGUUGCGACAACUGUUGGUUAUGGUUCGACUUUUCCGGUCUCGGACAAUGGGAAGAUCUUUGUGUCGGUGUUUAUUCUCAUCAGCGUUCCUAUCACAGCUCUUGGAAUGGCGAUGUACGCUCAACUCUUCAAUGAAAAACUUGGAGCUUUGAGAAAGAAAAUUUUCGGCAAGAAGCCGUCCCGAGCAGUGCGAGUUGGGAGCAUUUUUCUCUACCUAGCAAUUUCAAUCGUUAUUCUGGGCUUAAUCCAGUUGGCGAUCUUUUAUGACAUCGAAGGGUGGGACAUGGUCACGUCUAUAUAUUUCAUCGUUGUUACUUUGACUACGAUCGGAUAUGGAGACUACGAACCAACAUUUCAAAAGCCAAAGCACAUCGACACGGAAAAUCUUCCCCAACCGAAAAUCAUUCCAGAAUUCAUGUUUCAACCAGAGUUCUUGAAAAUCUACCGCUCCCUCAUUGUCGUUUGGAUGUUCUUUGGUAUCGCCUGGUUGGGUGCGAUUUUUACCAUGAUCGUUGAAGAGCUCAUCUCGCUCGCAGAUAAUUUCACAAUUGAGAGCGAAGAGCUCAAAUAUGAGCCAAACAUUUUUGCCGAAUUCGACGACAUAGAAAAUGAAGAAGACGUAGACGAAAAUUUAAAAGACUGA